AUGGAUCAGAAAACCCAGAUGUCAGUACAAAAUCAAGGCCCCCAAUCCGAGGUAGCAUCCUCAAAAAACAAAGCCAAGUCCAAAGGUAUUGCUGAUCCAAAAACCCAGGGAAAAUCCAGCAGGAUUGCUCACUCUGGAUCAUCCGGUGGCCUUGAGGUUCGAAGACGAAUUCCUUUAAAGCUCAUUUCUAAGCAGGUGAGUAAAAGCAAUGUGUCUCAUAUUCCAAGGACUAUGAAUGGGUCGCCUGCUGGUGGAAAAGAAUUUGAACGUAAUGGAGGAGGGCGGUAUGACUGUAAAGGGGGUGAGCUAUUGGGAAGAAAGAAAACAUUUCCUAAAUGCGUUUGGGAGGACUUUAAGAUAAACAUCAUAGGUGAAAAGUUUGAUUUACCAGUUCAUUUCUGUGACAAAUGUGAUUUGCCUUUUAAAAUCUAUGGGCGUAUAAUUCCGUGCAAGUAUCUUUUUUGCUAUGACUGUGCUAAUUUAUAUGAAAGAAAAGGAGGUAAGAUAUGACCAGGCUGUAGUAUUCCUGUGCUGCGAAUUGUGGAGCAUACACGAGGUUCUGUCUUCAUGUGUAGCGCUGGCCAAGAGUGCAGGAAAACUUAUUUGUCUCAAAGAGAGUUAGAAGCUCGUAUCAACUACCACCAUAAGAGAGCUAAAUAA